AUGCUAAAAUCGUCAGGAAUGACUGUAACUCCGGUACGAAUGGCGAUGACCAGCCCGACGGUGCCCAUGCAGCAGAAAAGUAACACGCGGAUCAGCAACUUCAGUGUCGCGUCACUGUUGGCGGACACGCGGCCCAAAACGCCCAACUCCCACCAUGCCAUCAUCACCUCCGGCACCACCACCACGACCACCCCGACGCCCUCCCUCACCCCCCUCAGCCCGCUGAUGGUGCACGGUCCGCACGGUGUGCUGCACCAGGCGGCGAUGGCGAUGACGACCACCACCACGGCCCUACCCGGUGCGUCACCGUCCGGCGAUAUGCUGCCCGCGAAUCUGUCCUCGCACACGACCAGUUCCUCCUCGCCCCGGUCCCAGCACGAUGCCAGCUCGCUCAAGAACGUCGACACGGAUCGGGCCGACACACCGCACAGCCUGCUCGAAUCGGACGACUACGACUCGAACCACGACGAAGAGGAAGACUCGAUCGUGGACAUUGAGGAUAUGGAUCACGAGCUGAGCGAGAGCGGAUCGGGUCGCAAGGGCAGCGGUUCGCCGGGGUCUCCGUCGACGAUGGGGUUGCCGCACGGCUCACCACCGGCUGCCGCCCUAGCGGCCGCGGCCGGUCACGUACCGAUCCGGCCAACACCGUUCAGCGCGCUGGCAGCGGCAGCGGCGGCCUGGGGCGGUAUGAGCGGUGGUGUCCCGUGGCCCGGUGCUCGCCAGAUGCCACCGUUCGGCCCGCCCGGUCUCUUCCCGGGGCAAGGUUUCGGUGCCGGUCAGCUUGGUGGAGAUAACGAACCGCCUCGUAUCAAGUGCAACCUGCGGAAGCAUAAACCGAACCGGAAGCCUCGCACACCCUUCACCACCCAACAGCUCCUGUCGCUGGAGAAGAAGUUCCGCGAAAAGCAAUACCUCAGCAUAGCGGAACGGGCCGAGUUCAGUUCGUCGUUGCGGCUGACCGAAACGCAAGUGAAGAUUUGGUUCCAAAACCGGCGGGCCAAGGCGAAGCGAUUGCAGGAAGCGGAGCUGGAGAAGAUCAAGAUGGCUGCCCUCGGGCGAGCACCCGGCGCACAGCUGUACAUGGGCUACUUCCAUCCAAGCUUAAUGGGUGGCGCGAUGCAUCUGGGAUAA